GGUAGUUCUGAUUGUUUUGCUAAACGCGCGCACCCCGCCCACAAAUGGCUGUCAAGUGCAAAAGUGAAUUGAUGAUUUAUUUUAUUAUAUUUUAAGAUUAUUACACUUUAGCUUUAUGUAUUAGUGUAUUAGCUAUGUAUUUAGAUAGUUUAUAUAUUUUUUAAUGAGUGAGAAGGUUUUAUAUUGCCUGGUCCGUGUUAAUAUACAGUCAAAAAUAGUUAUGAAUGAGUGUAUUAUUAAGUAAAAUAUUAGAUAAUUAAUUCUCAGCUGGUCGUAGCCCGUGGCUAUACCAAAUUGUGUGUACAACACAAUUUAAAAGCAACUCCAUACAAUGGUCCACUAUCCCACCCACUGAGGGCAUUGUACCGCUAGUGAUAUUCCUCCAGCAGCUAGCACUGAGGCAUACCCAUGCAUUUUUGGAUAGACAAACGCAGCCAGUGUGCCUACACCGGCCGCCAUCGUGUCCCAUCUUCCCUUUCUGCUGGGCGUGCGCGGGGUCGCGUGUGUGCGAGCGGGGGCGGGGGCGGGGGCCGCAAGGGCAUGGCGGCGCCCGUGCACCGCUUCGCCGCCGUCGACUGCCCGCCGCGCCGCCCGCACCGCUCACACCGACAUGCCGGGCCUCCGCCGAUGCCGGCAGUCCACGCGACGCGGCGGCAGAAUGACGAGCCGAGUCUGUACGUGGAGAUACCAGCCGAGCCUCCGCAGCCGACCAUCGCCAGCCUCGCGGCCGCUCGCUCUGUUACCCCCGAUACGUUACUGCGCACCGCAGCCCUAGGGCUCCACCACUCACCUAUGAUGGCCCCGCACCUCAAGUUCGGUAUGCUGGUCUCCUUCGCACUGGCGACGGUCUUCCUAGCUGGAGCCAAGUACUACUUCGAUCGGCAGCCUCCACCAUCAGAACCAUCAGAUGACAUCUCGCUGGCGACCCUCUUACAAUCUUCCGAGCGAUCGCAGCCUGUAACCGAGUCUCCCGAGGCGCCGCCCCCGUACAAGAUCGCAGUCCUGAUGCCUGGCCGCGACGCUAGCCCUCCGCCCCCUGCGUACAGCUCACUCAGCUAG